AUGUGGGCUAAUGCGUAUAUUAGAGGCAAAUUUUUUGCUGGGCUGAAGACAACGUCUCGAUGUGAGGCAUUGAACAUGCAGAUUGGGAAAUUUAUUGGGAACGGAUAUAAUCUACGUGAAUUUAUUAAGCAUUUUCAACACUAUCUCGAGUUCAUGAGAAGAAGAGAGUUAGUCGCCGAUUAUAAAUCUGUGUAUGGGCAACCCAUUGUUAAGUCGAAGUUGGAGGCCUUGGAAAGCUACGCAGCAACAGUAUACACGAAAGAGGUUUUUGAACUAUUCCGGGAGGUCCUCCUUUUGUCUAGCAAUGUAAGAGUUGUAUCUUGCAAGAAAACUAGCACGUGUUCCCUGUUUGAGGUCACCAUGUACUGCCGGGACCAGUCCUGGAGUGUGGCUUGGGAUGAGGCGGAUGACGAAUUUACUUGCUCAUGCUUGCGUAUGGAAUCAUUUGGCAUUCCUUGUGUGCACAUGGUGGGGGUGUUUGUUUAUCUGAACAUCACUCAGCUUCCGGUGAAGACCAUAUGCAAAGGAUGGACGAAGAAGGCCAAGCAACCGGCAGUGGACUCAUCUGGACAGGUAGGCGAGAUUCCUGAUACUGCGUAUAUGAGCAUGCACGCAGCUUUGCUAAAUGAUUGUAGAGAGUUAAUUAAGUUGGCCUGCUAG